GUAAUGUUUGUAGAGACUAGAUUAGCUUGCCAUCUCUUGUGCAGACUGUAUUUUUAGUUUUCAGCUAACAGCCUCCGCCCGGGUAGAUAUUUGUGCCGCAUAUAAAGCGAGUUUUGUUUCUCUUGCCGGUGUUGGGAUUGACAGGCAAACGCCAUUUCCCAGAAGAAAGCCAUACAUUUGUGAGGAGAGAGAAGUUAAACCAGUUAAGCUAAUUAACGUUAGCUAACACUAGUUUCCUCCUUUGGCGGCUCGCAGGAUGUCGUACAGGAAAACUAUAAAACUUAUUUGUGGGUUCGCUGGAGGUUCUGCCGUUAUAGUCUUCGCGGCUGCAAAUACAGACUUCCGGGGAUACUUCGUGGAGCGGCGCGGAGAGGCGGCGGUCAGCCGGUGGUCGAGAUUCAACGUACUUCAAGCUGCGCAGCCGGCGUGGACGCCUGCCAACCACACACCAGUCCCGACUGGACACGCCUGGGACUUCAACUGGGAUAAGAGGGACCCAUCUGCACUGUCCAAUGGGAAGAAGAAAGAAAGUGUAAAUGAAGACCCCAGCUCCGAGCAGGACAAUGGCAAACCAAAAGCUACUCGCAACAUCCUCCUCAUCAGACACUCCCAGUACAACCUGAGCGGGACCACCGACAAGGAGAGGAUCCUCACUCCUCUAGGUCGUGAGCAGGCAGAGUUGACGGGCAAGCGGUUGGCAGCGUUGGGACUCAAGUAUGAUGUUCUGAUCCACUCCAGCAUGACCAGGGCCACAGAAACCGCACAUAUCAUUAACAAACACCUCUCAGGUCUAGGAGUGGAGCUGGUGAGCUGUGAUCUGCUGAGAGAGGGUGCACCUAUCGAGCCGGUUCCAAAUGUCACUCACUGGAAGCCAGAUGCUGUGCAGUACCACGAGGAUGGAGCUCGCAUUGAGGCAGCCUUCCGCCGCUACAUCCAUCGGGCUGACCCCAAGCAGAAGGAGGACAGCUACGAGAUCAUCGUGUGUCAUGCCAAUGUCAUCCGUUAUUUUGUCUGCAGGGCUCUGCAGUUCCCUCCAGAGGGCUGGUUACGUAUGGGCUUGAACAACGGCAGCAUUACGUGGCUCACCAUCCGCCCUAGUGGCAGGGUGGCCCUCAGAACUCUGGGAGACGCAGGAUUCAUGCCCCCGGACAAACUAACACGGACCUGACGGGACUCAGUCGGAUGUCCUGUCUGUUGGUUGCAGGGUCAAAGCUCAGUUUUCUCCUUAAGUGUCUUGAAAAUUACUGUUGAUGUUGUUAUUUUGUAAUUGAACUACCAUCAUGUAAUGAAAGUGAGUGAUUACUUUCGUGCCAUAGAAUGCAAGAAGUGAUUUAACAGCUGAAUAGCAAAUGCUACAGAAUGUAAUUGAGGAUUUUUACACAAGUGACUGAUUUUUAAACCAAAAACAGUUGUAUUUGUAUAGCUGUUGUAAAUGCAAAUCUUGCUCUCAGCUUUAUACGUGUCAUUACAGUAUGCUGUAGUGAGGAUUUUGUGUUGUAUGGUGCAGUUGUAGUAAAUAAAAGAAAAUAAUGAAA